AUGCAGUUCUCCCUCAUCACCAUCACCGCCGCCCUCGCCGCCGUCGCCUCGGCCCAGUACACCAUCACAAACGGUACAUCAACCUCCGCCGUUGCGCCCUACCCCUCCGCAUCCGGCACCGUCUCAGUCAAGCCCAGCGGUACCGGCUCCGUCAAGCCCACCAGCAGCACCGCUCCCUUCGAGGGUGCUGCGAGCCAGCUUACCGGCUCGGCUAUGGGGUUGAUUGUUGCGGGUGGUAUUGCGCUGAUGCUAUAA